GAGAGAGAGAGAGAGAGAGAGAGAGAGAGAGAGAGAGAGAGAGAGAGAGAGAGAGAGUGCCGAGGAGAAGAAAUAGAAAAGAAAAACAGGUCGAGGAGCGAAACGCGGAGGAGGGAGAGAGCGGAAGGCGAGAGAGGAAGGCGGAGCACUAAAAGACGGGGAGAGCCGCAUCUGUUGACUUGCAUCUUCUGGAGACUGAGCCAGAUACACCGAAAUCAUGGCCAACAGCACUACCGCCAUACACCCAAGCAAUCUCCCAUGGCACCCGGAGGCCAUCCUUGUACCCCGGGUCUCCCUGCAGGUCCAGGAGGUCUACCCGUUCCACGACGGCUGGAACGUGGCCUGCUUCGUCAUCCUGCUGCUCUUCAUCCUCACCGUCGUGUCUCUGGCGGCCCUGGCCGUGCUCUACGAGCUGCUGGACUGCGGGUGCUGCGCCAAAGGGAAGACACACCACCAGCUACAGGAGGAGGGGCCGGGAGGCUGCGGCAAGCUCAUGACCAGCAUUUGCAAGGAGCCAGAGUCCUGCACCGAAGUGGUGUAGGGUUGGGGGGGAUGAGGGAGAGUAGGAAUUCAGGUUUUCUGAACUGGGGCAACACCACAGCGUUGACCCCGGUGCCCACGAGAUAAGAACUUCUUAGCACAAGUGCCCACUAGCGUAGUGGUUCAGUUGCUCAGUUAAGGAGGAGGCAGAGAAUGAGGGAACAGAACAAUGUAAAACAAACAUUUUUAUAGGAAGGGGGCGCCAGCUUGUCACUGAUUUGGGGCGAGUCUAAUUAGCUUUUUAUUUCACACACCUACAUUCACUGCCACCUAAACGCAGGGUGGACCCUUAAGGCCACGUUUUUAUACACCAGAAUCAGACAGAGCAGUCGAUUAAUAUUAGUGCGAGAAAUAGUUCUCAUAGGGUGGCCAUGUUGACAUAAAACCACCAAUAUGACCCGAUAUUUAAAAAAAAAAAGAAAGAGUUCUAUGACAUCCGCUCUGUGAAUACUGCACUGAGUCGGCUGCAAAUACGCUCAUGAGAAAUAUGGUAAAUUAUUGUGUGCGAUUAGAAAAACACUGCCCUAACUUUCUAAGUUUCACAAACAGGGCUUUGAGGAGCAACACACGAACGAUCAAGCUUACUUGCACAACAUCGUUGCUUUGAAUAAAUCCCACGUUUCUCUGUUCUUUAGUAAAUUGUGUACCAGUGUUGUCAAGUUGUUUAGCAUUGCAACAUUAUCUAAUGACACGUGCACAGUAAUGUAAAUUGAUCAUGCCGUCUGGAGCACAAUGUAUGAUUUAAUAGGCCUAUAUGUAAAAUGUCUAAUAAAUUGUCACUGUAAUUAUG